AUGCCGUCCAAUACUCGUGCUUUUGCUUGGAGCUCAUUGCUUUCUGUAGCCCUUGCUCAAACAGCAACUCUCCAGUUUUUCAAUGAAGAUACUGUCUGUGCAUCGGGGCUCUUUGCUGAAUGCAUGAAUCUCCCUCCCGGUGAAUGCUGCUUCAUAGGAAGCCUCGCUACCUGCGCGAAUUGGCAAGCAGACAAUGGUGCGGACGGUAUCGCGAGUUGGUUUUUGGCCAAUAAUGAAAACCAAUGCGGCAUCAUUAUUGUAUCGGCGGCCAACAAUGUAUGUGUUUGCCCAGAUGGCGAUCCUAUUAUAUCCGCCGGCAACUGGGCUGUGGUAGAGGGGGCGAUUGAUGAGAAUGAAGACUGUAACCCGGUUGGCCCUGACGUGUUUGGGUGGAAGGAGGAGAAUGGAGCAACAUGGCGGUUGCAUCAGAAGGACAAUACUGCCGUCUUUGACCAAGUUGCCGAGGCUAUCGCCAACAACUCUACCGACCAACACAUUGGUGACUUGAUCAAGGAGCAUGGAGUGAAGAACUGA